AUGAGAAAGCCAGCUACGGAGAAUGACCCUCCUGAUAAGACGGAUGCUGCUCCAUCUGGAGAGCAGUCACAGGCUACAGACGGCCAAUCUAUGACGAAAAAUGCGCCUCCCAAUAGAGUGAUCAAACGGCGCACGAAAACGGGAUGCUUGACAUGCCGACAACGUCGCAUCAAAUGUGGCGAGGAGAAGCCUAUCUGCCACAACUGUAUCAAGUCAAAGCGAGAAUGCAAGGGCUAUGCUCAGCGCGUUGUUUUCAAAGACCCGAUCGGGAUCACUGGCGCAUUUGAUAAUGCACAGGUCUCGUUUCCUGGCGGAUAUGAACGCCGCUUUUCUCAUCAAGGACAGGCACCGUCAGGACUGAUCAAUGCCCCAGCGAGGCAGUUUCCUGUUAUGAGAAUAACAGAUAAUCUGGCUGUCCGAAGUGAUGGAACCAGCACGGCUCCAUUGCAGUAUUUGCCAGAUCAGAUAUCGCAUGUGUCGCACGAGGCACCGAAUCCGACUCAUCCUGCCUUCAACCCCAUUCCUACAUUGGCACAAGUAUCUCGCCAGCCAGCAUCUUGGAGUAGCGAUUCAUAUAGCUCGUCUGAAAGCGCUUCAAACUUGGGACUCCCGACACAGAGCCUUGCGCGUCAUCCAACUGGCCAAGUUGAUAGUACUCAAUCUGUACCAACAGAACUGCUUCGUGGGCCGGCAUAUACUGCAGGCUAUCUGCCUCUCACUGCUCCCGUAUCACAGCCGCUUGAGCCUCAGUUUUGGAAUCCGAAUAUCGAUCGUAAUCGAGAGCAAUAUUCGUCUUAUUAUCCUCACGCGUAUAAUUCACCGUGGCCUGUCAUUAGAGCUUCAUUCCCUGGCAACUAUGGUGAUGAACUUUAUCACCCUACCGUUGAUGGAUCGUCUAUGGAUGAGACAUGGCGAGAUGCCAGUAUGACAACGACAAACCGUAGUGAGCUUCAACUCGGGUCUCUUACCAGUCAUUUGAACGAGCCGAACGUCUUAGCUUCCUAUCGUCCGACGUUGGAUUCAACCCCACUGAAUGACCCAAAGGCGGCAAAAAUCUUUGUUCAUUUUAUUCAUUCCAUUGGCCCAUUCCUUUCCAUCUUUGAACGACAUCCGGUGGAUUCCCCAAUUCCUUUAGGAGACUCUGUCCCUGCGGCCCAGCAAGGCUUGUGGACAUACACAUUACCUUUCCAGGCUUUGGAGCAUCAGGCAUUGCUCCAAGCCAUGCUGGCUAUCAGCAGCUUGCAUAUAUCCUUCUUGCAACAAGCACCACAGACAGUCUCGCUGAAACAUUACCAUUAUGCAUUAAAAAGAGUGGGCAGUGCAGUAGGCCUUCCCACGCGACGCCAACAGUGUGGUACCUUGGCUGCCACGCUGCUCCUCGGAUACUAUGAGGUUGUGGCCGCUGAUCACACGAAGUGGAAUAGUCAUGUCGCAGGUUCAGCCCAGUUAGUCCGUGAAAUUGACUAUGCCGGCCUCGCGCGUGACCUUCGAGCCUAUCGACGUCGAAUGCGAGGCAAUGUAGUCCAAGCAGAUUGGUGGCCUGCGAAUAACCCGCAUGCUGUUUCUGGAGAUGACCCAUUUGCUGAGAAAGAAGCAUCCAUUGAUCAGGAUUUUAUCGGGACAAUCUUCGGCCGAGCAAUCAAAUACGAUGAAUAUGGACAGAUCGAAAAUGGUUUGAGUCAACCAUACCAGAAGCACUUCACUCAGAGGGAUAUUGAAAACUUCCGAAUUCAAUGUGACCUCUACUGGUGGUAUUGUAAGCAGGAUACCAUUCAGAGUAUUAUCAGUGGCAACCAACUUUUUAUGCCGUAUUAUCGAUGGGCACAAUGCCCACCACGUGCAGCCAUGGGACGCCUAGAUGCCGUAUAUGGAUCAGCAGAUCACCUGUGGCUCUUACUCGGUCGGUUAACGGACUUUGGUUACCGUGAUCGAAGGAGAAAGCUCAAGGCGGCAAAGAUGUCUGGAAUAGAGUGGAAGCCAAACCCUGGCCUUUUCAAGUUCAUGGCCCGGUUUGCCGGCGGCGGCUCUAGCAUGCGAAGACCACCACCUCGUGGACCGCCAGGCCCUGCUCAGGAUAAUCAAGGACCUCAUUGCUCCCCGUCAUCUGGAAAUAACUCCUCACCUUCGAAGGAAGGAAGUCCUCCCAUGUAUGGCAUGGUCCCUCCGCGCGGGCCUGUGCAGUUACCUCUUGCUUUUCAGGACAAUGCCCCGCACCCAACGAGCUCGCCAGACCAGGAUGAUGAUGAUGGUGGUGAAGAUAUAACAUACGACGAUGCGGAAGAUGAGUGGGAGCGUAUACUAGCAGCAUUUGACGCAUUUGCUCAUGCUCUUGGCCACGAUUUCAUGCCUUUACCUGAUAGGACUCCGCCAACUCUCACUCCCUUUGGACGAGCUCUACAAUACCGCACAAAACCAAUUGCGGUCUUAUGGGGCUUUUACUACACUGGGCGAAUUCUGCUUCUUCGGUUACAUCCGUCAAUGCCACCUGCCAUGAUGGUAGCUGCCGGUGUUGCAGCUCCAGCUACGGCCGCAUAUGCACAGACCAUUGGGAAAAUCGCAGCAAGUGUCUACGAUCCACAGUUGCUCAACAUUGGACCAGACAAGUUAAGCCCGACUCAAGGGUGUUACAUGACGGAAAUGACCGUCCCGAUUUUCUUCUCCGCGGUACAGUAUACUGAUCCCGGUCAACGCGAAUGGACAGUUGUCAAUCUGCGUAAUGUAUCCCGCCUAACAGGCUGGAAGUCAUCCGAUUCCAUUGCCAGUGGAUGCGAGAGAUCUUGGGUCGUUGCUGCGACACAGGGGAGAGGCCCUCCAUAUCAACCUACAGGUGAGGCGAGAUGGCAGCCCACAACGGGCCCAUCGCCUCAGCGAGGCCCAUACCACAACACAGAGAGACGGUUUGUUACCGUGAGCAAAUCAAAUCGCCUUCAUUGGGCGAUGGGAAUAUUGAGCUUGGAAGACGACGUCGAGGUAUAG